AUGGACGAUGACCCAGGUGACCCUGGGCCAUUUGGCUCACGUUUUGGAUUGUUGGCUCAGUUUGGGGAUAGCAAAAAGGAUCAAAAAAGCAUCAAGUCAAACAAGCGACGGGCUAACGGCGUUGGAAAUUCAACUAGCUUAUUCAACAAGAUAGUGAGAGUCGAUCAACGCAACGGACCACGUUUUCUGAUCAUGGAACGAAAGGAUGCCAAUUUGACCAUGGACCCCGUGAAUCCCUUUUUUAUCAAAAAGGCGAUGGACGCGUUCUCCUCAAAUGUCACAAUAAGUCGUAUGAGAAACGGAUGCCUUUUGUUGAAAACUGUUGACCGUCAACAUGCUGCAAAGCUGAUGAAAAUGACCAACUUUGGUGGAACCAUCAAGGUUGAGGUUACGAAACAUCCAACUCUUAACCUCAUUAGCGGCACGAUCUAUUGUCGAGAUCUGGUGAGUCUUAGUGAUAAAGUGAUUCUUCAAGAACUAACGAGCGAACACGUGGUUAAAGUGAGUCGUAUGUCAAAGAAGGACAAGGCGGGCAAAUCAGUCGAUACCGGCACCUUCAUAUUGACGUUUGAUUUGAAUAUUUUACCUGCAAGUAUAAAUGUCGGAUUCUACUUGUGUAAAGUCAAGCCAUAUAUUCCUUCUCCAUUAAGAUGUAAAAAUUGUUUACAUUACGGUCAUACUAAAAACCAUUGCAAAGGCAACCAGGCCUGUGCAAUGUGUGGUCAAAUGUUCCAUGGUUCGUCUGAAUGUGCAUCGUUGCCAAAAUGCAUAAAUUGUUCUGGUGAUCAUUCCGCCCUGUCUCGAACAUGCCCUAAGUACAUUGACGAAAUGGAAAUACAGCGCAUCCGAACCAACGAUCGAGUUUCAAUUGGAGAAGCACGUCGUAGAAGAAGACAACAAGUUCCCGAGAUACCCGUAUUCACGAGAAGCUACGCACAAGUAGCCCAGGAGAUUCCGACAUCGAAGAGUCCCACAGCUACGACGCAGCUAGAUCUCACUCAUUGCACGAAAAUGAGUCCGCACGUAAAAAACAUCUCUCAACCAGAAGUCGAAAAAUCUCAGCAAGCACUGGACAAAGAAGAAUCUACUAUACCAUCAGUUGGAAGUCUCCCCCUGAACCACCUGACCGAUAAACGGGACGACUUGCGGCAGGAUCGAGCGGUCGUUGGUGGCCAGAGAAGAGAACUUCCGAACUGA